UACCAUCUUGCUGGCUUUGAUGCAAGACAUGCUUUUGCAUGACAGAUUCUCAUCAGAAAGAAGUAAGAAAUAACCAUACAAAUCGCAAAAGAAAAGUCUAAACAGCAAAAUCCCGAAACCAUGACAGCUUGCUGGGUUCUGCAGAUUGAUUAAACACCGAUAAUAUUGUGUUAUCUGUUCCUCACUUGUUUAAUAAAAUCUGUUGAUUACAAACCAAUAUUUAUGACUAUAGACACAGUGGUUGUGGAGGGGGUGUAUGGUUUCUUCUUGCUGUCUAACUUCCUUAUUUUAGUACCCUGUUGAGCUGACAAAGAGCAUAGAGUUUGUCUGGCAAGACACAUCACUUUGCAGCUAUAGUGUUGUGCGAGACCUCCUGCCAAAAUGGCUGAGCAGCAGCUCUCCACGAUGACCCCGGAGUACUAUGAUGAGGACGACGAUUACCUAAACAUGACAGAUGAUCACACAUCAUCUUAUGCCACACCUUGCAGCUACCAGAUCACGUUUGAGUUUGCAGAGACCUUCAUUCCAGUGGUCUUCAUCCUGGUCUUCGUCAUAGCAGUGGUGGGCAAUGUGCUAGUGCUGUGCGUAGUGCGGCGCUACCGGCGGUCUCGUGAAGGUCCCUGUUCAUACUCUCUCACUGACACCUUCCUGUUGCAUCUGGCAGUGUCAGACUUCCUGCUCGCCAUGACACUUCCCUUCUAUGCUAUUCAGUGGGCAAAGGGGUGGGUGUUCGGAGUAAUGGGCUGCAAGAUGAUCAGCGCCAUCUUCUCUGUCAACCUCUACAGUGGAAUCCUGCUCCUGGCAUGCAUCAGCUUCGACCGCUACCUGGCUAUCGUGCAUGUGGUAACUGCAGGGUGGCACCGCCGGAGCUGCCAUGCCCAGAUGGCUUGUGCUGUGGUGUGGACAGCUUGCCUUGGAUUAGCUUGCGUGGAUGUCACAUACCAGACUGUCAUUCCACUGAAACACUCGAAUCGUCAAGUCUGUUACCUCGUUUUCCCUGAGAAGACAAAUUGGCACGUGGUGCUGCCAAUGGUCAACCUGAUCUUAGGCUUUGGGCUCCCCCUGCUGGUCAUGCUGUACUGUUACAUCAGGAUCUUCCGCUCCUUGUGUCAUGCAAGUCGUUGGCAGAAGCGCAAGUCAAUGCGUCUCAUCAUCUCUUUGGUCUCCAUCUUCCUGCUCUGCUGGGCUCCUUACAAUGGAUUCCGGCUCAUUGAAUACUUGAAUCGCUUGAACCUGUUUCAACUGGGAUGUGAAAUGAAUAAGGCGCUGGACAUUGGGACCAUGAUAUCCGAGAGCUUGGGACUUACACACUGUGCCUUCAAUCCCCUGCUUUAUGGAUUCGUGGGGGUGAAGUUCCGAAAGGAACUGCUGAUCAUGUGGAAGGGGCUUCUGUGCUCUCUGGGCUACCAAGGUCUGGAAGGAUGGGGGAUGAACCAGCAGAGACGCAGAAGAUCUGGUACCCUCAGCACAGAUAGCGAAAACACGUCCUACUUCUCUGUCAUCAUGUAAUUCUGCGAUUCAUAUCUGAGAAAGGAUGGAGGUCUGACAAGACAAAGAGCAACAAACAUAGAACAGGGAACAAAGCUAUGGAAUGCAGAAGUGAAAAAGCAAGAAACACCUAGGACAGCAAAAUAAAAAAAACAGCAAAAAGACAUCUAAAAAAAUUUCUAAAUUCCCACAAAAAUGCAGAGCAAAGGGAAAAAUGCAGAGUAGUGCAGAGGAAAAAAAACAUCUGCAUUACUUUUUCAUUUUUGCAGGAUAUUGAAUUGUAGCAAGUACUUCUCAGGUUAAAUAAUUUUUUACGGAUCUAGUAUCGGCAUUUAAUAGUAUUGUAUAUUGCAUCAGGCCAUGAAAUAUGUAGCAGCAUCCAGCUGGUGUCAAAAACACCACUGGUCUCCUGAAGGAUUCAUUCACGCUCUGCUCGUUCGGCCCUCCUGUGUGCCAAUCCCCCCUCGUUAACCUCAUGUGAAAUCCCUGCGUUUACCAGCUGUUCCUUGUUUCUGUCAUUAGUUCUGUGUAUUUCAGUCCGCAUUCGAGUAUGUUUCCCCAGUCCUGUCAUUGAAGUCAUUGCUGUUUUUGUGCCUCACUUUGUUGUUUUCCUUAAUAAACCUCUCCUUCUGUAUUCUCCGUCUUCCCGCUCCUGAUUCCCCGGUCCGUGCUCACCUUCGCUCACGACAUCAUGCUUGCAGCUUAUAUUUUUGGUGCUGUAUCAUUCUCAUGGUGAUGACAGCCUUUGACAGACAACAAAAUUUACAUUUACUGGACUUCCAAUCAGUGGCCAUUCACUGUAAAUGGGAAACAGGCUGUGGUUUACUGUGACUGUUUAUUGUGACAGUUUAUUGUUGACAACAGUAACUGCAAUUAUUGUUAUUGGGAAUACCAACAAUGUUGUAUUUAGACAUCACGCAUAAAUGUAAAGGGAAUCAUGGUGUGUAAUGCCUUUUAGCUAUAAAUACAUUGCUUGACUAAGAUUUCCAGUCCCAGAAGUGUAUAAUAAUUUCAGCUAUGUGACCAUUGUAUUCUGCGAUUCUAGAGGCGCUGUUUCAUGUGUUGUUGGGAAUAUUGUUGAUUUAUAUUCAUGUUAACAACAUCAUAAUGUUCUUUUACAGUACUUCACCAUAGUCCUGGUAUGUGCAGGCUUUUCAGGACUUUUUAGGCUUAAGCAGCCUUAGUCCUGAAAUAGAAGGCAUACAUUUUUGUAUACUAGGGCUAAACGAUUUGGGGAAAAUAUCUACUCACGAUUUUUACAACAGAUUUUUUAAAAGUUAAGCUUCAGUUCAAUAUUCAGUGUGUAAUAUAUUUAAACCAUAUGACACAGCAUUACGAUGAGAUACCAUCAAAAUAUUAAUUGGUCUAUAUUUUAAUGUAAGGAUGAGAACUUUUAUUAAAUACGUCAUUCCGGAACAGUUUCUAAACAAACCAAACUUUUUAUAUUGUCAAAUAUAAAAAUGUAGAACUACUCUCACAACAGUUUUAAACCCUGGGUCACACAUGGCAUAUAAUGCAUAAACUAAAAUCGCAGCCUUUGUGAUUUACUAAUCACAUUGUUUCAAAUCAUGAUUUCAAUUUGAAAUAAAUUAUUCAGUCCUAUUGUAUACAUUGAAGUCCAGCAUCUCAUGCAGAACACCAACCAAAGAUUUUAAGUGGCUGACAUAAAAGGAGCUUUAAUAUUAACUCAAAAAAGGACAGGAAAUAAGAGCAACAAGGGGUCUACACAAAGACCAGUGAAACACAAUGGGAUUAACAAAAGCACAUAUGCAAGGUAAGAGCACACAGAAUCAACAUAUUAACCAUGAAAAAAAGCACACAGCAAAUACAAAGAUCAACAAGAGAAAAAGGAAAGUGCAUGCACCUAUAUACACUGCAUGGUUAACUAUAGAGCUGAAUGAUAGACAGGUGUAAGCUAUCACUGUCAUUAACAAUCACUUCAAAACUGAAAUGGGGUGGUCAGCAACACCUACUGACCAAACAGGGAAAUGAAGAGCAGAACGGGCAGGGCAGGGCCCAAUACUUACAUUAUCAUCAAGCUAGAUUGUAUGGAUUGUAAUGGUAUAUUAAGGCAAAAGAUUAAUCUGUUCAAAAGACUUUGAAAAUUUUCUAAUUGAAUUCCUUAGCAUGGAGCACUGUAUGCAUUUUCUGUAACGUAAUUAGACCUAUUCUAACUUUUUCAAGGCAUCAUCAUUUACUUUUGUCAUUCCGUGAUCUUUGUAUUUCUUAGUGUUGUCAGAGAAGUCAUGGCAGGAAAGAACAAUAUAAAAUUUUAAUAAAUCAAUUUUAAAAUCAACAUUCGGAAAAUAUGGAGGUGACUUCCAGAAUUUCUGAGCUCCAAAACAUGCCAAUGUUGGGUCUUAUUACCACGUUUCUUCAUUUUAUUAAAUUUUAUUGAUUUAUCUCAAUUUUACAUUUUUUUGCAGUAUAUAUAAAGGCAUAUUCCAGAUAAAUAAAUGUUUGAAAAUAACACUAUUGUCACGCCCGGCUCGUACAAUCCUAGUGUGUGCCACGCCCCCCUCGCUACCUCGUGUUACUUCCAGAUUGUAAUCACUUGUUGCUUGUUAAGUUCAGCCUGUCUUGUGUAUUUACUUAGUCCGCGUCUAAGUCAGUAUCCCCCAGAUCUGUCAUUGUUUAAUGUCAUGUGCAGUGGUGAGGUUUACUGUUCGUUGCUGUCUGCCCUGAAUAAACCCCCAUGUUAUUGUAUUAUAGAAUAGGUCUAUAUCUCCUCUAAACCUAGCUGCUCCUUUUCACCAUCUUCCCUCUCAGACUGUCUAAUGGAGAUUAAAUCAUGGUUCUCCUCUAACUUUCUCAAACUCAAUAGCAAUAAAACUGAAACUCUACUCGUGGUACAACUUCCACUCUAUCCAAUUCCCAUAGUUUUUCCAUCAAUAUUGAUAAUUCUGCUAUACACCCCUCCACCCAGGUUAAGAGUCUGGGCGUCAUCCUAGAUAGUACUCUUUCAUUUCAGUCACACAUUAGUCAUAUCACCCGGUCUGCAUACUUCCAUCUGCGCAACAUAAACCGACUCCGCCCCUUCCUCACUCCCCAUGCUGCUGCCAUCCUUGUUCAUAGCCUCGUCACAUCUAGGAUUGAUUAUUGUAACUCUCUUCUCUUUGGUCUCCCUAACAAGUCCCUCUGUAAACUCCAAAUCCUUCAGAAUGCUGCAGCUCGGGUAGUAACUCGUACCCCCUCCAGGGAACAUAUCACCCCAGUCCUUCAACAGCUUCACUGGUUGCCCAUAGAAACUAGAAUAGUAUUCAAAAUUCUAGUUCUCACUUUCAAAUGCAUUUACAAGCUUGCCCCUCGCUAUCUGUCUGCCCUGCUUCACAUUGCCACCCCAUCCCGAACUCUCAGAUCUUCAUCUUCCACCCAUCUUAUUGUUCCAUCUGCCCGCCUUAUCACCAUGGGACACAGAGCUUUUACUUGCUCUGCUCCCCGUCUUUAGAAUUCUCUUCACUUGUUUAGGUCAAACCUCAAAACUAAUCUGUUUAAGUUGGCUUAUUUGCUUUAGACCUAUUGUUGUCUGAUUAUGUAAAUAACUUUUUUAAUUAUUUGUUUUAUUGUUUGUUUUUUAUGGACUAUGUAAGGUGACCUUGGGUUUUAGAAAAGCACCCACAAA